GGGGAGGAAUCCAUGGAAAUGUGUGGAUCCCAUGGAAACGGGGUGGAUCCCAUGGAAACGGGGUGGAUCCCAUGGAAUUGGGGUGGAUCCUUUGGAAACGGGGUGGAUCCCUUGGAAAUGGGGUGGAUCCCAUGGAAACGGGGUGGAAUCCAUGGAAACGGGGUGGAUCCCAUGGAAAUGGGGUGGAUCCCAUGGAAAUGGGGUGGAUUCCAUGGAAAUGGGGUGUAUCCCAUGGAAAUGGGGUGGAUCCCAUGGAAACGGGGUGGAUCCCAUGGAAACGGGGUGGAUCCCGUGGAAGUGGGGUGGAUCCCGUGGAAACGGGGUGGAUUCCAUGGAAAUGGGGUGGAUCCCAUGGAAAGGUGUGGAUCCCAUGGAAACGGGGUGGAUCCCAUGGAAACGGGGUGGAUCCCAUGGAAACGGGGUGGAUCCCAUGGAAACGCGGGGGAUCCUGACCCCCGGCCCUGUCCCCCAGCCCGGGAGCAGCUCCGGCGAUCCCGGCACAGCCGCACCUUCCUGGUGGAGUCGGGAGUGGGCGAGCUCUGGUCGGAGAUGCAGGCAGGUGACAGGUACAUCGUGGCCGAUUGUGGCGGGGGGACGGUGGAUUUGACCGUGCACCAGAUCGAGAAGCCGCAGGGGACGCUGAAGGAGCUCUACAAAGCCUCGGGAGGUCCCUACGGGGCCGUGGGCGUGGACCUGGCCUUCGAGAAGCUCCUGUGCCACAUCUUCGGGGACGAUUUCAUCGCCACCUUCAAGGCCAAGCGUCCGGCGGCCUGGGUGGACCUGACCAUCGCCUUCGAGGCCCGGAAGCGCGCGGCCGCCCCCGGCCGCUCCAGCCCCCUCAAUGUCUCCCUGCCCUUCUCCUUCAUCGACUUCUACCGCAAGCACCGCGGCCACAACGUCGAGACCGCGCUCCGCAAGAGCAAUGUCAACCUGGUGAAGUGGUCGUCCCAAGGGAUGCUGCGGAUGUCCCCCGAGGCCAUGAACGAGCUGUUCCAGCCAACCAUCACCCACAUCAUCCAGCACAUCGACGCCCUCCUGAAGAAACCCGAGGUCCAAGGCAUCAAAUUCCUCUUCCUGGUGGGCGGCUUCGCCGAGUCGGCCAUGCUGCAGCGGGCGGUGCAGGCCGCCUUCGGCCACCGCUGCCGGGUGAUCGUCCCGCAGGACGUGGGGCUGACCAUCCUCAAAGGGGCCGUGCUCUUCGGCCUGGACCCCGGCGUGGUGCGGGUGCGCCGCUCCCCGCUCACCUACGGCGUGGGCGUCCUCAACAAGUUCGUGGAGGGCAAGCACCCGCGGGAGAAGCUGCUGGUCAAGGAGGGCAAGAACUGGUGCACCGACAUCUUCGAGAAGUUCGUGAGCGUGGACCAGUCGGUGGCCUUGGGAGAGGUGGUCCAGCGGAGCUACUGCCCGGCCCGGCCCGGCCAGCGCCGGACCAUCAUCAACAUCUACUGCUGCGACACUGAUGACGUGGUGUACAUCACGGACCCCGGCGUCAGGAAGUGCGGCACCAUCAGCCUGGAGCUGGGCGACGCGGGGGACGCGGGCCCGGCGCGGGGCCGGCGAGAGAUCCGCGCCAGCAUGCAGUUCGGGGACACCGAGAUCAAGGUGACGGCGCUGGACACGCGCACGGCGCGCAGCGUGAGGGCCACCAUCGACUUCCUGUCCAACUGAGA